AUGAACACCUGCCCGAUCAAAGCGGUCCAAGACAGACGGACGAUGGGGCUUCUUCUCGCGGAGCUCAUCCCUAGUAGUAGUACCCUGGACAUCCACCGGCGGCGCCGCCUUCUUCCGAGAAGGAGCUUCUCUACAGCCACCGCCGCGUUCAAUUCAGGAGCCACGAGCGGACCGGGGCUCGCCGGCGAUCCCCGGCAGGGUUUCGAUCCCUCCGGCGUCCCGCAGGACCGCGUCUCCUUCGUCCGCGCUCUCGGUCGGAUUGCUCGGUCGGAAUGCUGGCUCUCCGGCAGGAUCCUCCACGGGAUCGUCGUGAAAUCCGGCCGGAGCAGCGAUCGGUUCAUCGCCGCCAGCCUUCUCGAUAUGUACGCCAAGUGCGGCGACCUGGAGAGCGCCGGCGUGGUCUUCGAUCGACUGGAUGAUCGGGACGCCGUCGCCUGGAACAGCUUCACCUCUGGGUACGCUGCCAAUGGAUUCCCCGCUCGAGCUCUGGACCUGUUUCUCCGGCUGGCGGCCACCGGAGAACCGCCUCCCACCGGGCACACCAUCUCCAUCGCCAUCGGGGCCUGCGGGGAUCUCCAGGCAGCGGAGCAGGGGAAGCAGCUCCACGCGGUCGCCGUGAAAUCCGACUUCCUGCAGGACACGGCCGUGGGUAAUUCUCUCGUGACCAUGUACGGCAAGUGCGACAUGAUCAUAGAGGCCGAGGUGCUGUUCGAUGAAAUGCCGCACAGGAACUUGGUCUCCUGGAACGCCAUGGCCGGUGCUUUCUACAGGAACGGGAGCUUCGAGCGAGCUCUGGACCAGGUCUCACGCAUGAGGCUGUCCGAGGUGGAGGCGGAAGGCCGUGCGUGGGUGACCUCUCUGGCUUGCUGCGGCAGCUUGAGGCGGCUCCGCUGGGGGAAGGGCAUCCACGCCCUCGCCAUCAAGGGCGGCUUCUCCUCAAACGCCUUCGUGAGCUCGGCCGUGGUGGGCAUGUACUCAGGAUGUGCAGAGAUGGCCGACGCAGAGAAGAAACUCGAGGACGACUCCGCAGUGCCCUCCUGGAACGCUCUGCUGUCGGGUUACGUACGUCACGGGAGGAGCGAGGAGGCCCUUGAGGCGUUCGGCAGAAUGUGGCAGAGGGCCUUGUCCUUGGACCACUUCACCUUCUCCACCGUACUGAAGGCUUGCUCCUCGUUGCCGUCGCUCGCCGCCGGUGAGCAGAUCCACGCCCAGAUAGUGAAGUCCGGCCGCGGCGGCGGCCAUGGGGCCAGCAACCCACACGUCGGGAGCUCGCUGAUAGAGAUGUACUCGAGGUGUGGCUGUCUGGCAGAAGCUGAGAAGGUCUUCGCGGCUAUGGAGGAGAAGGAUACGGUGGUCUGGAAUUCCAUGCUCGGAGGGUACGCUCAGGGCGGGUUCGGAGAGAAGGCGAUCCUCCUGUACGAUCGGAUGAGAGAGGAAGGGGUGGUCAAACCUACAGGGCCCACCCUUCUCGCCGUCCUCUCCGCUUGCAGCCAUUCAGGGCUCGUCCAGCAGGGCCGGCGGAUCUUCGACUCCAUGGCCAAAGGGAACCAGGGGAUCGAACCAGAGGAGCCGCACUUCGCCUGCAUGGUGGACCUCCUGAGCCGACGCGGGCUGCUCCGGCAGGCGGAGGAUUUCAUCGCCCGUCUGCCGACAAAGGCUACUUCUCCUACUCCUUCCUCCAUAUGGCGGCCUCUUCUGGCGGCGGCCCGAUCCUACGGGGAUCUCACGACGGCGGAGCAGGUCGCCGGAAGGAUGCUGGAGAUGAACCCCGAGGACCCGACAGUGUACGUAACUCUGGCGAACAUGUACGCCGCCGACGGCCGGCGGGACGAGGCGGCGAACCAGAGGCGGGCGAUGUCCGAGAAGGCGCUGAAGAAGGAACCGGGCUACAGCUGGAUAGAGGUCGACAGCAGGGUCCACAUGUUUUUCUGCAACGACAAGAGGAGCGAGAUGACGUCUGAGAUAUACGAGAAGUUGCGCGAGUUGGCCGGAGAGAUCCGUCGCCGGGGAGGGGGCAGUACGGCGGAGGAAGACCGGGGGAUGUAUCACAGUGAGAGGCUAGCCGUCUCCUUGGGGCUCAUCAGCACGCGGCCAUGGAAGCCGAUCCGGGUGUUCAAGAACCUCCGGGUCUGCGGGGACUGCCAUGCCGCCAUGAAAGAGAUUUCGGCGAUCACCGGGAGAGAGGUCAUUCUCAAGGACAACUAUCGUUUCCAUUGCUUCAAGCAGGGCUCCUGUUCAUGCGGUGAUUUCUGGUAG